AUGAAACUCAGGCUCAGAUCUUUCGAAUCCAAAGAAACCCUAAAAAUCGAAGUUCCCGAUCCAUGUUCUCUUCAACAACUCAAAUCCAAAAUUUCCACCAUCCUCUCUUCCUCUUCCUCUCUUCAUCUUUCCCUCAACCGAAAAGACGAAAUCACCCCUCCCUUUCCCACCGAUUCCCUCCUCUCACUCGGCGUCGCCACCGGCGACCUCAUCUUCUACACCUUCAACCCCACCGCCUUCUCCUCUCAACCCCUCCCCCACAAACCCGCCGCAGAAAACCCUCCGACUUUACCAGAAAAGCCCGCAGAACCGCAAACCCUAGAAAUGGCGGAUGCGUCCGAUGAAACCGCGGUGAAGAACAAUUCAGAACCUGAUUUUGUGAAAAGGAUUCUCAAAGAAGCGCUUGGUGAUGAUGUUACCGAUUUCAAACUCUUGGUAUUUGCGGUUCAUGCUGUUAUUUUCGAAUCUGGGUUUGUUCGUGUUGAUCGAGAUUCGGCUAAGGCGAUUGAUGACUUUUCGUCUUCUUCAAUGAUAUCUUUGAGGUAUACACUUCCUGAGAUUGUUACUAAAGGUUUAUCUCAUGCUGUGGAUUUAAAGAUUCAAACUUUAGGGAAUUUUGUGAAUGUUUGUGGUUCUUUGGUUGAUGAUGUUGGGUCUAGGGUUCAUAGGGUUUAUUUAGAUAAAUUUAGGUUUGCUAAGCCUUUAGAGUUGAUGCUAGCAAACUCUGAACCUAGUGGUAAUGCUAAUGUUGGUGUUAGUGGUGAUGUUAAUGAUGGUGGUGAUGAUGAAGUUUUUGAAUUGUGGAAGAUAGUGAAAGAUAAGCUUGCAUUGCCGCUUUUGAUUGAUCUUUGUGAGAAAGCUGGAUUGGAUCUUCCGCCUUGUUUUAUGCGGCUUCCAAUGGAACUUAAGCUUUUGAUAUUUGAGUAUCUUUCGGGUGAUGAUUUGGCGAAAGUGUGUUGCACUUGUUCGGAGUUGUCUUACCUUGCGUCGAAUGAUGAGUUAUGGAGGAAGAAGUUUGAAGAGGAGUUUGGAGAUAGGAUGACUGGGAUGAAGUUUUUUAAGAACUUGUUUGCGCAUUAUUGGGCAACUAAGAAGAAAUCAAAACAAAAACCGCCAUUUUUUCCAACUCCUCGGUCUGGUAUUAUGAGAUACUUUCAGAGGAGAAGAGGUCCUCAUCCUUUUGGAGUGCCUCCAAUUUGGGGUGGUGAGUAUGAUCUGCAGCCAAAUUUUGGUGUGAAUCUCCCCCUUGCAUACACACCGAGGCGAACUUUCUUUCCCCCAUGUCAUUUUUAG